AUGGCUCGUGAAAAUUCAGCUGUGUUGAAAGAAAAUAAUGAGAAUUUGGUGGAUCGAAGGAUAGGCAACUAUCAUCCCAAUGUCUGGGAGGACGAUUUCCUGCAGUCCCUUUCAUCGCCAUAUGAGGCAUCUUCAUAUCGUGAGAAGGUGGAAAGCUUGAUUGAGGAGAUCAAGGAGAAGGCAUUGAAUCCCCUGUUUGGAGAUGGCGAAAAAUGGCCCUCCCCUUAUGACCUGCUUGAGAGGUUCUUCCUAGUUGACAGUGUUCAACGAUUAGGAAUUCAUCGAUAUUCUGAAAAAGAAAUUGAAGCAAUUCUGGAUUACACUUAUAAACAUUGGAAUGACGAAAGUGGUAUUUCAUGGGGGAGCAAAAAUUCCAUUGCAGACCUUAACACUACUGCUUUGGGAUUUCGAGUUCUUCGCCUUAAUGGAUAUCAUGUAUCUCAAGAGGUAUUUAAAAUUUUUUGUGAUGGAAAUGGACAAUUCGUUUUGAGGCCACCCAGUGAAGAAGGUGACAAUCAGUUAAGAAGUGUGUUGAGCUUAUAUCGAGCUGCAGAGAUUUCUUUUCCGGGAGAAACAAUAAUGGAACAGGCUAAAUCAUUUGCCUCUCGCUACCUUGAACAAACACUUGCAGAGAGCCAUAACAUAAGAGAGAAAAGCCAACUUUUGACAGAGGUUGAAUACUUUAAGAACACUUCCUGGAGAUCCAGAAAUCCACGGUGGGAAGCAUGGAAUUCCAUUCAAAUAUUUAGACGAGAUAUUGAUUCUUGGAUGUCAAUUGAAGGUGUCUACAGGAUGUCAAAUGAGAUUUGCAAAAAUAUUUUGGAAGCAGCAAUAUUGGAUUUCAACAUACUACAGGCUCAACAUCAGAAUGAGCUCAAAAUUAUAUCCAAAUGGUGGACUGAAUCAAGUGUAAAAGAAUUUAAUUUCUUUCGACAUCGACAUGUGGAGUAUUAUCUUGGAUAUGCAUGUGGAUUGUAUGAAUUUGAAUUUUCUCUAACUCGAGUUGGAUAUGCUAAAUUGGGUGUCAUGGUUACUCUCAUUGAUGACAUUUUUGACACUUAUGGAACCAUUGAUGAGCUCGUACAUUUCAAGACAGCCUUGAUCAAUUGGGAUAUGUCUAUGGUGGGUCAUCUUCCCCAAUACAUGCAAAUUUGUUGGCAAUUUCUCCAUGAAACAUACAUGGAAUUAGCUGAUGAAGUAGAGAAAAUACAUGGUCCACAUGCACACAAGUGGAUGCAAGAUUAUUGGAUGAACCUUAUUAUGGCAGAAUUUCAAGAUGAAGAAUGGAUUGCUAAUGACUAUCACCCUACUUUAGAUGAAUAUUUAAAAAAUGCCGUUGACUCUUCAGUCGUACCUGUGGUCACAUUAUUUCCAAUUCUUUUGAUUGACAUGGUCCUUCCCAAUGAUAUUUUGAAAAGAGUUUCUAAAUUUGAAUAUGAUGUAGCAAUGGCUUGUCGAUUAAUUGACGAUUGCAAAGAUUUUCAGGAACAAAAAAGUCAAGUAAGAAAUGAUUCUUGGCUAGAUUGUUAUAUAAGAGACAACCCUGGAACCACAAAGGAGCAAGCUUUGGAGUAUGGAGAGACUCACAUUGAGUUACACAUGCAAGAAGUAACUAGAGACUACCUAUGUUAUGAGAAAUAUAUACCAACAUGUUGCAAAAGGGUGCAUUUUGACUGUAUGUAUAGAUGGGUAGCUUUCAUAUGGAGGGAGGUUGAUGGAUUUUCAACUUCACUCAAGGGCAUAAAGGAUGACAUAAUGAAAAUCUUAAUCAAUCCUAUAACUAUUUAUCCUUGAAAAGGAAAGGUGCUAGAAGUAAAUA